UCUCUCCAGGACCUCUCUCCCUAGAAAAGGUGCAUUAGUAAUUGCACCCCGUGAGCAGAGUUGGGUGUAGAAGGGUUACCUUCCCCAAGGGCAUGUGUGUUUAGAUAUUCUCUAUACAUGGAGAAUAGAAGGCUUUGCCCUUCACAAAAAGUAUUUUCAGUAUUUCAGGGGCUUAUUGAGAAGUGUUUUGUUGGGUGAGCUAUCAAACCAGCCUCCCUGCCAUGCUGGUCACUGGGCUGCCUGUACCUGAACAGCUGGACUUGGGGAGGGUGGGGGGGACUGCCCUCUGGGUAUUGUGUUGGGUGGUAUGCCUGUGUCCCCCACAUCACAUUUGUGAUGCUCCUGCUGUGUGGGCUUUAAGUGUGGCUGAAUGUCAGUCUCAUAAUUAGGAACCUGGCACUUUGUGGGUUACCCCCUCUUAAGUAAUUCCACCCUGCCUCUCAGAGGGGCUGCAGAGUGCCCCUUUCUGAAGCUGGCAGGUGAGUAAGGACAGCAACCUGGCUGGGCAAGUUGUCAUGUUGGUCGUGAGCCUUUCCGAGGCUGGUGUGUUGUAUAUACAUCUUUUACCGAUGCCCAUGAGGGCCAGUUUAAACUAAUUCACCUAAGAAGAAUUGACUAUAGAGAAACAAACAUUUUAUAUUGGGACUGAGCUGCCCAAUCACUAACUGAAUUCUUUACUCUCCAGUGGAUACUUUGAGCACAGAUGGUGCCUGAGUGCUUGUUCUUAUAUACACAUUUUUUUCAUGUGUGGACAGUACAUGUGUCUGAGUAGUUUAAGCUCCUAUGGUUGGGGAGUCCCCACUUUGGAUGACAGCCUGGGAGCAUGGGUGGCCUCCACUUCUGUAGAGCUCCCUCCCACCACUUAGGAAACCAGGCGGUGAUGGGAAACUUCCUGUUGUUAGCGCCCUCCUGUGCUGGACACUGGUAUGCCCAGCCUCCAGUGAAAGAGGCCAGACACCGGCAACCCUGGCUGUGCCCUUGAAGCUGUGCCCUUGAAGCUGUCCUCCGUCAGGUCUUUCAGUAGAUCCAAGGCAGCUUUCUUGGGCAACAGUCCUGCUCACACGUCUGCACCGGAACCAUGUGUGACCAGCAACAGAUUCCGUGUUGCCUGCCAGUCCCCCAGUGCUGUGUGAAGGGUUCCUCCUUUUUCCCCUCCCCGUACCCUUCUCCCCAGGGCCAGGUGGUAGUUCAAGGCCCUUGUGGGAUGCAAAUCAUGGAGUGCCCUGCACCAUGCCCAGUUCAAGUUUCCCAGGUGAAGUGCCAAGCUCCCUGCCAGUCCCAGACCAUUCAGGUGAGCAGCCAGGCUUCAGGCCAGUCUCAGACCGCCAACGUGAAGGGUCAGGCUCCAGGCCCGUCCCAGGCCACGCAGGUGAUCAGCCAGGCUGCAUGCCAGCCUGAGGUUUGCUACGUGCAGUGUGGAGCCCCCUGCCCCGUUCAGACCUGCUUUGUAGAAUGUGCUCCAGCUUGUUAUACAGAAACUCGCUACGUGGAAUGCCCCGUCCAAACCUAUGUACCCUACCCAGCUCCCCAGCCUGUCCAGAGGUAUGUAGCGUACCCCUCAGCAUGCCAGACUCAAGGAAGAUUCUCCACCCAGUGCCAAUAUCAGGGCUCCUUCGGCAGCUGCGCUUCCCAGCGUCAGUCCCGGGCUUCAUAUCGCACUUAUGCACCCCCAUGCCAGAGCCAGGGCUCUUAUGGGGGCUUCCCCAUGCAGCGUCGCGCUAGGAGCACCAGCAGAUGCCUCCCUCCACGCCAGAUGAUGCGGCCUUCUUACCGCAGCUGCUCCCCACCCCGCCAGAUGCGGCCUUCCUACCGCAGCUGCUCCCCACCCCGCCAGAUGCGGCCUUCUUACCGCAGCUGCUCCCCUCCACGGCGCUCCGAGCCCUACUACAGCAGCUGCAUGCCAUCAAGAUGUGCUUCGGGUUCCUACAACUACUGCACCCCACCCCGCCGCUCUGAGCCCAUCUAUCACAGCGGCGGUGCUCCACGCCCCACUUCCAGCUGCGCUCAGAGGCGUGGGCCCAGGUGCCGCAUAGAGAUUUCCUCGCCCUCCUGCCCCAGGCAGGUGCCCCCGCAGAGGUGUCCCGUUCAGAUCCCUCCCAUAGGACGCUGCUCUGAGAGUUGUGCUCCACGACCCUCCUGGGGGACCUCCUGCCCGGAGCUGAGACCACGUGCCGAGCCGCGUCCACUCCCAAGCUUCUGCCCACCCCGGAGUUUUGACCAAUGUCCAGAGCUGUCACUGCCGCGGUGCCCACGUCCGGCCCCGCGUCCAUCACGCCCAGCGCCGUGCUUUCCCGAGCCCUGCCUGUGUCCGGAACCAAGUCCAGCCCCGCGUCCAGCCACACGAUCUGGCCCAACGCGGUGUGAGUUUCCAGAGCCUUGUCGGGAGCCAAUUCCCCUCCCGCCACGCUGCUCAAGCCCAGAGCCCUGUGUGCAGCCUCAGCGCUGCCCCAGCCCCUGCUCAGGCCCAAAUCCAAUGCCGGGCUCCGGAGACCUCGGCUGUCAUGAGUCCCGCCCAGGCCGCCUAGACAUGGAGGCCCCCAGCUGCGGCCCAGCUGCUUAUACACAGUGCGGAGAGGGUGAUGCUAGCCAUGGACCUUGUGAUGUGUUCCCAGAGCCACGGGGUCUGGGCGGUUGUGGAGACCAAGGAGGUGCCUCUGUUGGAGUGAAAGGCGGGUACUAUGCUGGAGUAAAGAGCGCCUACUUUUAAAGGAAGCGCGCAGAAACAUCUCUGCCUCCUGCCCUGACAACGCGGCUCCUCCUUUCCCAGCAGUCACCAUUUCUGCGCUCUUGUUUGCAAUGCUCCAAGGGUAGUCCGAGGCUCCCUGCUGCAGAGGCGAUGUCCUUUGCAUGUCAUCACAGGACCCACACCUGCAUCUCAGACACCUCUGCAGCCUCACCUCAGACUCCUCUCCCAUAAGCAUCCUCUUUUCCAGCCAGACCAGUCUCACAACCAGGGCACAUCUUGGGUGUUCCCCAGGACAUACCAUAGCCAUCCCUGCCUCCAAGCCUCUGUCCAUUUCCCCCUGGACCACUUCUCCGCUACUCCCAGUAUCUGAAACCCAACCCAUCUUUCAAGACCUCUUCCUUGGAGCCUUUUCUGCUCGUUCCUACUCUCAGAAGCCUGCGCUGACUUCCUAGAACGUACUGCAUCAUCCACACCAUCCAUUUGGCAAGUGCCUUGCAACAUCUCUUGAACUAUUUUAUUUUUCAGGUGUGUCUGUUGUCUGUCUUACCUGCCCAGCUAGAUUGUAAACUCCCAUCUGAGUGGAGUCAGAAUAUCCCUAAAGUUCCUUGCUUCUCCUAGGGCAGGCGGCUACUCAUCAAGGUUUGUUGGUUGGCAGCUUGAGCCAUGAUCUGUCCUGAUGGGCAACCCCAAGCCUGGGACAAGACUCCAUGUAACAAUAAAGGUGAUGCUACACUCGGAUCCUGA